AUGCAUUUAUUUCGUUUUCUUAUCGUUAUUUUAUGCUUUGUUCAAGCAAAACCAAAUGAGUUUACCUCACUGGAACUUUGGAAUUUGUUCAAGCAUGUUCACAAAAAGCAGUAUAUCAAUAUUGAAGAAGAAAAUUAUCGUCGAACUAUUUUUGACGAUAGAGUCGUCAUGAUCAAUCGACACAAUCUUGAAGCUGAUCUAGGUCUGCAUACUUAUACACUCAAAAUUAAUCAAUUUGCUGACAUGAAACAUGACGAGAUUGUACAAACUAUGUCGAAUAAAUUUAAAAUGGGUUUAUCUACAAAGAUAUCAACUAAAUUUGAUCGAUCCAUAUUUCUUCCACCAUCAAAUAUAUCGAUACCAGCUGCUGUUGAUUGGCGUAAGAGAGGUGCUGUAACUUCAAUAAUUGAGCAACAAGGUCAAUGUGCUUCAGAUUGGGCUUAUACAGCAACGGGUGCAUUGGAAGGGCAACAUUUUCUUAAGACGGGCAAAUUGGUACGACUUUCAGCUCAGAAUCUUUUGGAUUGUUCGGGUAAAUUUGGUAAUCAAGGCUGUAAUGGGGGACUAGUGGAUGCUGCAUUUCAAUACAUCAAAGUCAACAAAGGUGUGGAUACAGAAGCAAGUUAUCCAUACGAAGCAAUGGAAGGCAAGUGUCGCUUCAAUCGAUCGACUGUGGGUGCAACUGAUACAGGUUUUGUUGAUAUUGCAAAAGGAAAUGAAACAGCCUUACAAAUAGCUAUUGCUACUGUGGGUCCAAUUGGAGUAGCGAUUGAUGAUUUACAUGAUUCUUUCUUUUUUUAUUCAUCAGGUGUUUAUGACGAGCCGGCAUGUUCAACGAAAGAAUGGUCUCACACAAUGAUUAUUGUCGGAUAUGAUACAUUUAAUAAUGCUACGACGAAACAAGAUUAUUAUAUCGUAAAAAAUUCUUGGAGUGAGACAUGGGGUAUGAAUGGUUAUAUUUGGAUGAGUCGCAACAAGAAUAAUCAAUGUGGAAUUGCGAGCUGGGCCAGUUAUCCACUUGUUUAG